AAAUGUAUUUUUGUAGGGGAACCAUUCUGCUAAAAUAUUCAACAUUAAUCCUCAUAUUUCUGCAAACAUGCAAUGCUUGGAAGAGCAAACCCUACUACUGUCCCUCUUCUGCUUGUGGCCAUAUCCGUAACAUAAGCUAUCCUUUUCGUUUAAACACCGAUCCAGAAUAUUGCGGAGAUCAUGGUCCAGCAUUUGAGUUAGCUUGUGAAGGUAACCAAACUGUCAUAUCGUUAUUCUCCAAGAAGUUGCACGUUAAAGGCAUCUACUAUGAUGAUCAAGCAAUUCACGUGGUAGAUCCAACUUUACAAACACAAGAUGAUCUAUGUUCUUUGAGAUCUCAGACUGACUUCAACCAAUACUAUAUAAUCUAUCAAUCACAUAUUCAACUUACAACAUUUCACCCAAAUGGAGAGCCCAUUUUCAUGUUCAACUGUCCAAUUGCUGUUAGUAAUUCUUCCACAUUUCUAGAAAUUAGAGGCUGCAAAUUUAGCAGAUACACUUAUAUUAAGAUUGGAGAUAUGUCGGUCGAUGAAGUGAGUGAUGGAUGCAGAGCAGAGUUUAUAGGCCUGACCUCAUGGAUUCUAAUUUCUUCAUGUCUUUGUAGGUUUUAUUGA